UCUCGUUGGAGUAUUCUCUAAAGUAUAUCCCAAGAGAAAACGCUAUAAUAUUUUCAAGAAAUGGCGGAGUUUGUGGAGAAACGGUGUCAGGAUAUGAUUCCAGAGCUGGAGCAAAUGGAGAAGCUCAAGCUCUUUGAUAAAAACGAGAUUCGAAGCAUCGCCAAGAAACUCAAAGAAUAUGAGUAUAAAAUUCAACGACACACGAAGACUAAGGAGGACUAUCUUCGAUACAUACAGUAUGAAAUGGAUCUGCUAAAGUUAAUCAAGCAGCGAAGAGAUAAAUAUGGUAUUACUCAGAAGAGGUCAGUCAUUGACUAUGGCAUAACUAAUAAGAUGGAUAACUUGUACAAAGAAGCAAUAUCUAAAUUUCAAGAUGAUAUUCGAUUUUGGGUUGCUUAUAUGAAGUUUUGUAAGCAUAUGCACUUCCACAGUAAUAUCAACAACAUGUUAGGCAGAAUGCUACAAGUACAUAGAGAUAAGCCAAAAUGUUGGCAUAUAGCAGCAUAUUGGGAAUUAGAAGAGAAUAAGAAUAAGCACAGCGCACGGCAGUAUCUUCUUAGAGGUUUACAAAAACAUCCUAACUCUCAAUUGUUAUAUAUUGAUGCUUUCAAACUCGAACUGGACAAUCGUUUAGCGACAGCUUCUACUACUGCUGAAAACUCUGAGAACCAGGAAGGUCACAUUGAUCCAGUACCGACAACAGAUGAUAGCGAAAUUCCAAUGCCAUUGAAAACGGCAUUCUUUAUAUACCAACAGGCUUUUGAUCGUAUUAAGGAUAUUAAAUUUAUAAUAAAUUUGCUCAACAUCACAAAUGAGCAUGAUAACACCAAGCCAUUGCAGAUAAAAAUUAUUCAUGAUAUGAUUCGAGAGUAUACUCAUGAGCCUUUAAUGUGGGAUACAUUGGCGCGUCGUGAAUUACAAGGCUUAGUGCAACCAAGCAUCAGUGAUGCGUCGACAGAAUCGGAGAAUGCUGAGGAAAAAUCUCUGAGAACUCGUAUCACAUCUUGCAGCAAAGUUUACCAGGCUGCUAUAAAGGAAAUCAAAACUGCAGAAAUCUGGUCGUUGUAUAUAGAAUGCUUACUGGAAAUUAAUCGCGAUCUGCGAUCAUUGCCAAAUUUGAAAAGAAAACUCUUGAAAACCGCCUUGAUGCAGGCUCAUCGAGUAAAAAAACUAAAAGAGGAACAUUAUCUGCACUGGGUUGAUAUGCUGAAUGUCGACAAGAAGUCGAGCAAAGACGACGAAGGUAUGAGAAAAAAACUGGACGAAAUAUUACAAGGAGCGACUAAUAUUGUACCAAACAGCGUCGGUAUAUGGCAUGCGCGACUUAAUCAUUUAUUAGAAUGUGGCUUGGAGAAGGAAGCGUAUGCUAUGUUGCCAGAGGUGACGGACAAGUUAGGCGAGAAAGCAUUACCAUUGUGGAAAAUGCGAAUCUUGCACGCUCAGAUAAAAAGCUUGGAAGAGGUUGAGGAAAGCUUUAAAGCAGCUCUACAAUAUCCCUUAAUCGCUAAAGAUAUUAAGAUUAUGUGGCUUGAAUGGCUUGUUUUAACAAAAGGCAUCCGUGCAGCUCGCAAGGCGUACAGCGAUCUUUCUCUUCAACCUUUCACUUCGUUGGAAUUCCACAAGAAGAUGAUCUCGCUGGAGUUUAUACAGCCGGAGACCCUGCCUAAGUACAUACGACGGCCGUAUGAGAUGGCGUUAAUGAACUUUGGGACUCAUAACACGUCCAUCUGGUUAGAUUUCAUUAAAUAUGAGAUGCAGCAUGGAGAACCAAAGAAAGCCAGCGAUAUCUACGAACGGGCAGUCAAAACGUUAGAUACUAGCUUAACUUAUUCUUUCAUUCGAGAUUAUAGCCUGAUCAUGGCGAAACCAGAUUCCAUAAAAUGAUGUUAAUCGUGAGCGUGUACUGUACAUAUAUCAAUGAAGCGCGAUAUGUAUGUAUCACAUGUUCGCAUAUUGUUAUACACAA